UGGAUGUUGCAGUCAUUCGGACGCAAACAGUGCGCCGGUGAAGUGGCGUACACAGUUUAGGACAUAUAACUCUAUAUUGGUCAAACAGUGAUAAACAAAGUGAAAUAGUCAUGCGGUGGUUUACGAUAACGAGUCUUUUACUAGCAUUGGCUAUAGCCAGCACGACAGCUGAGUGGUCAUGGGGCGGUGAUGCUAAAGACAAAGACGCAGAACCUGAAGAAAAACCCACUGAGUUGCUAGAAGGCGAACAAGCUGCCGAUGCUGACAAGAAAAGCUCCGACUCCGCUGGCACGGUGCUGGACGACAUCGUGGACGAGCUAGUCAGCAACAGACAACAACAAGGCAGGAGUCUGGGCGGAUUCGACGAUGUUUACAGCGAUCCCACUAUUAAGGAAGCAUUGGACUCUGGAGAUGAUGCUGAAGCAAGAAAUUUGAUCAAAGGCCGUCUUUGCACUCUGGGUCUUAUUCAAUGUGAUGAAGAAGAAACCCAAGAAAAGCGCUUCUUGUCACCAGAUGAACUGAUUUAUGCCCAACCAGUUGACAUCAAACCUAUUGGCAAGCCGAUUGCUUCCAUCCCAAUCCGAGGACCUCCCCGAGCAUAUGGACCAGCCAAACCCAUGCCACCUUACUUGUCACGUCCCCAAAAGAUCCCACCAAAGCGAGUUGGAUAUGGAGGACCGCCCAAUGUACGCCCUGGAUUCUCUGAAAAGUACGGACAGGUUUCCGGUAGCAACUUCCAAUUCUCACAAAGCAAUGGAUUGUACGGUGGUAGCGAAGGAAACUAUGUAACCAGACCCCCGGCCUAUGCAAACGAGAGCCCAUACAACUUCGAAAACACAAAACCACAUUACAACAAAGUCCCUCCGACGCAAACCAACACAAAAACCGAUGUUGUACAACAACAUGUCCACCAUCACUAUGUACACAGUGAUGGCGACAAAGACCCUAAAGUGAUAAUCAAGCCUGUUGCCAUACCGGUUGGGUCCGUAGGACACCUUGGUGCUCAAUCUCUCUCCCAGCAACAGACCGACAUAAUCACCGCUGGCGGCGGCGACUACAGCGGCUUCAGCUCUGGUGGCUUUAAACCUAUGACCGACGGUUUCUCACCUAUUAGCAAACCAGUGUAUGAAGCUGACACAAUCUAUGGCUCUCAGUAUGGUAACAAGGGAAACAGUAACGGUAACAAGGGAAACAGCUUUUUAUCUCAGUCUUUGCCGAACCAAUACUCCAACUCUGAUUUUGAUGCUCAGAAAUACGGCAACACCUUGGGCGCGUUUUCCUCCCACAACAACGAAUUUUAUAAGAAAGAAUUGCAUGUAGGAUCUGGUAACAAUUUGUACCAACAAGGCCCGGCCACUUUUGGACAGGGUGACUCUUAUCAGGAAAACUAUCAUGAAGCCAAAGCCCAAGGAUUUGAAUGCGUCUGUGUCAAUUACGACCAAUGUCCCAGCCAAGAGAUCAUUGGCCGCAGAGAUGAUCUGUACCUGCCUAUCGAUCCUCGUAACAAAGGAAGUGAGAUAGUUGCUCUCACGGACGAACAAAUAGACAAUAUCACUAAUGCUGACGCAAACGAAACUAAAACCGAAACAACUACGACUGAAGCCAGCGUUAAGAAAGUAAGCAAGCGUGAAACCAAGAACGAAAAAGAAGACAAAAUUGAAAAGGAAGCUGAACCGCGCCUCAUUGGACUGGCCGGCUACGGCGGCAAUGGCGGCCAAAGCAACAAACAAGUGCAGCCCACGUUUGGUGUUUCUUUUGGGUUGCCCCAGCCUUCCCAUGGUGGUUACCCCGUCAAUCCUUUUAACUCAAAUCCCCUCCAGAAUCCCUAUGGUCCAGCCUUAAACAGCGGCGGUCUUAAUCUAGGCCUCGUCUCCGUUAAUCCGUUGCUAGCCGUACAAGUUACCAAAAAUGAUUACGGUGAAAAGAUUGUCAAACCCUUUGUAAACUUGCACGUAACACCUAAUGAACAUGUUGUCAAUAAAAUUGGCACUUUGUUCCACGAGAAAAAACAAUAUUUGUUAAAUAAGCACGAACAUUAUCACCAUUACAAUCCUCACCAUCAUGAGUAUUAUCACCAUAAACCUGCACUGCACUAUGGUCCCCACAUACCACACGGACCGCAUUACGAACCACAUGGGCCCCACUACGGACCGCAUGGACCUCCUUUUGAACCCCAAUAUGAAAAUCAUUUCCCGCGCCCGCCGCACAAUACUUUCGGGCCAGUGUAUUCUCCCCACUAUGGCUACGCUGAGGCCGGUUAUUUUAAACAAAAUCAAUUCAAUGCUCCGCCUACAGCGGCAGCUGGUAAUGAUGACUAUUAUGAUGAUGAUAAUACUAAUCAUAACGAAGGGACUGACUUCCAUAAUCCUUAUGAAAAUGGAUAUGACAGUUACGGGUUCGGAAGAACCGCCAAUGCUAGUGUAGAUAGAAUGCAAGGAAAAUAUGCAGGCCGCUAUGGAUACUCUCGUUCCCUUUCCCUUCCUAACGGUCCUGGGGCAAACCGGGGAAGCCAAACAGUCCGCUUUCCUGAGAAUAGAAAGAAGAGGGAAGUCACUGUUGAGCAAUCUAAAAGCGAAAAAAUCGAAGAGCGUCAAGGAUAUUUCGGUAACCGACCUCAAGUACAACAAUGCAGACCCAAUCAAGUUUGCUGCCGUAAACCAUUCCGUCCUCAAGCAGCCAACCGCGGUCAAUGUGGUGUCAGGCAUUCCCAGGGUAUUAAUGGACGAAUCAAGACUCCUUCAUACGUUGAUGGUGAUAGUGAAUUUGGAGAAUACCCGUGGCAAGUGGCUAUUCUAAAGAAGGACCCUAAAGAAUCUGUGUAUGUUUGCGGCGGAACUUUAAUUGACGGAUCCCACAUUAUGACUGCUGCUCACUGCGUUAAAUCAUACAAAGGCUUCGAGCUACGAGUGCGCCUUGGAGAAUGGGAUGUUAACCAUGACGUCGAAUUCUUCCCUUACGUCGAGAGAGAUGUACUCUCCGUCCACGUGCACCCAAUGUACUACGCUGGUACCUUAGACAAUGAUCUCGCUAUACUCAAGCUAGAACAACCCGUCGAUUGGACCAAAUACCCGCACAUCAGCCCAGCUUGCCUGCCCGAUAAAUACACUGACUACGCCGGCCAGAGAUGUUGGACCACUGGUUGGGGCAAAGACGCUUUUGGCGACAACGGAAAAUACCAGAACAUACUAAAGGAGGUCGAUGUUCCGAUUCUACCGCACGGUGUUUGCCAGAAUCAGCUUAGACAGACGAGAUUGGGUUACAACUACGAAUUGAACCCCGGUUUCUUGUGCGCCGGUGGCGAAGAGGGCAAGGAUGCGUGCAAAGGUGACGGUGGCGGCCCGCUGGUGUGCGAGCACGGUGGCACAUGGCAGCUGGUCGGAGUCGUGUCGUGGGGUAUCGGUUGCGGUCAGCCCGGCGUACCCGGCGUCUACGUGAAAGUCGCUCAUUAUCUAGACUGGAUCUCACAGAUCACGGGAAAGUUUUCUCCCUACUAAACUUGUCACACAAUUCUCACUGAGGACUGAACAUUCUUAGUACUAUUUAUUACUAGGUCCUAGAUUAAUUUAAUAUUUAUGGUUAUAUUUAAAUCGUAAUUAACUUUGGAGGUAAUAUCCAAAGAGUCUGAGUAAUUGCUUGUGCAGAUUAUUUUGUGUAUUAUAAAUUGUAAACAUAAAUAAAUGUUUGUAUGAAAAGUA